AUGGGUGGGAAUUUCUAUACUGAUUUUAACAUUAUCUUUGGAGAUAAUCGAGCCAACAUACAAGAAGGAGGCACAAGCAUGUCCCUUACAAUGGAUCAACAUUCUGGCUCUGGCAUGGCUUCCAAGAAUGAGUAUUUGUUUGGUCGAUUUGACAUGCAAAUCAAGCUUAUACCAAACAACUCUGCAGGCACUGUCACUACAUUAUAUCUAAGCUCUAUUGGGUCACACCAUGACGAGAUUGAUUUAGAGUUCUUGGGAAAUUUGUCUGGUGAUCCUUAUAUACUCUCAACCAAUUUGUAUGCCAAUGGCAUUGGAGGUCGCGAGAUGCAAUUCUAUCUUUGGUUUGAUCCCACAGAGGACUUUCACACCUACUCUAUUGAUUGGAAUCCUCAACGUAUAAUAAUCUUGGUGGAUAACAUACCUAUAAGAGUGUUUCAUAACAAGGAGAACAUUGGUGUUUCAUUCCCCACAAGCCAACCCAUGAGAGUUUAUACAACUUUAUGGGAUGGAGACUUUUGGGCAACAAGAGGGGGACAAGUUAAGAUUGAUUGGUCUAAAGCUCCAUUUGUAGCAAGUUUCAAAAAUUUCAAUGCCAAUGCUUGUAUUGCAAAACUAGAGGCAUCUUGCAAGGAUUUCAAUGGUGGGAGAAACAAAGGUCUUAAUGCUCAAAUUAGGAAGCAACUUAAGGAUAUCCAUUCAAAAUGGGUUGUUUAUGAUUAUUGUCGUGAUUUCAUACGUUUUGCUCAUGGUUUUCCAUCUGAAUGUAACAAGAAAAGUUAA